AUGCGCUCCCAGGACCCGGCCGGCAGGGCCGUGUCACUAGGGGACAACGACGGCGCUCUCCCUCACGCCGGCGGGACCAGCCAUCAGCGACCUGCAAGUAUUGUCUCUUCACGUAUGACGGACAUUGCCAGCGACGAUGGGGGCGAGGCAACGGCCGGGAAUGCCAAUCCAUCGCGACCAGAAACCGCCAGGACCGGUGCUUCGUCCAAAGCUACCUGGGCGGCAGCGGCUGCGCGCAAGGCUCUGGCGCCUGGCCUUCAAUCAAACAGAGCAAGUCUUGCAAGCACAAGUGCCUCGGCACCGGCACGCACACCUAGUUUGACGACGCGGAGCCAUGUACCGUCGCUGACAUCUGGUGCCUUCCUUCGACCCAUGAGUUCCCAGAAGCUACAAGCACAGCGAGGGGCCGGCGCGAGACCUGUCCCCGUCAACCAGCAAUUACGUCCGCCGCCUGCGAACCUCGAUGACAAUGAAACCGACAUGGGCGGCAGCCUCAUUGACGGAGCGAGUGGCGGCGGGAACAUGCACAACAUUGCCCAGCUCCAGCGCAAAGCGAGUGCAGGACAAAGCCUGCGCCCCCCGCCGUCGCGAGGGACUGAAGUGACCGACGAGGACAUGUUGGAUCGUUUCAUUGCCAAUGCGAGCCCGACCACGGCGCACUUUCCCGCCGCCAGCAUGUCCGACAGUGUUCGGCCCCUGCAGGCACGAGCCGGCCAGAGCAGGGACCUGACUAUAAACGUGGACAAGAGCUAUAGAGACCUCGCAAACCACGCCAGCCCCGUGAGGUCGACGAAAUCGUUCCGCUCAAGCUUUCUUUUACCAGCAAAGGCGGAGCAGGCGCACCCCAGCCGGCACAGGGACAGGGACACCGCAGGUGCCGAGAAGCUUUCCUCUACGGCUUCAUCACCGCGAUUGCCCAGGGUAGGGUCGCGCUCCGGACCUCAGCCGUCGGCAACGCGUCCGCAAGGACAGAGCCGCGGCCGUGUUCACCAAUACUUUGACGGCAAUACGGUGUUCUGCCUUGGCGGUAGGUGGCAGAACACCAGACACACACCCAUCAAUAUUGCAACCGGGGCACUCAUCGUCAUCCCAUGCGCCUUGUUCUAUGGCUUUGAAGCACCCUGGCUGUGGCACAACGUCUCGCCUGCCAUUCCCGUCACGUUUGCGUAUCUGACCUAUCUAUGCCUCUCUUCCUUUGUUCAUGCCUCCGUUUCAGACCCUGGUAUUCUGCCUCGGAACCUCCAUCAGUUCCCGCCAGUCUCCGACCAGGAUGACCCUCUUCGGCUUGGACCACCAACGAAUGACUGGACGCUGGUCAAGUCGGCCGAAUCUUCGGCAGCUGCCAUGGAAGUUCCGGUGAAGCACUGCCGGACUUGCAACAUUUGGCGGCCGCCUCGAGCUCACCACUGCCGGCUAUGCGAUAAUUGCGUCGAGACGCACGACCACCACUGUGUGUGGCUGAACAACUGCGUUGGCAAACGCAACUACCGCUACUUCUUUGCAUUUGUCACGUCCUCCACGAUUCUGGCCGCGUAUCUGAUUGGCACGAGCUUGACACUGAUCCUCACACAUAUGAAUCGUGCAAACAUCUCGUUUGGCGAAUCCAUCGACCACUUUCGGGUCGCAUUUGCCCUCGUCAUUCUUGGAGUGGCUUUAAUCGUGUACCCCGGCGGGUUGACGGGCUACCACUUAUUCCUCAUGGCUCGCGGGGAGACGACGCGAGAAUACAUCAACUCGCACAAGUUUGCAAAGAAGGAACGGUACAGGGCUUACAGCCAGGGCAACUGGCUCAAGAACCUGAUGGUCGUUCUCUGCCGCCCUCGAUCCCCCGCAUACUAUCGCUUCAAGGGCAAAUAUCGGCCCGGGGAUCAGCGACUUGGCCAGCACUACAGCCUGCGGACACGAAAGAACCCGCAAGGCCUCGAAUUAGACGUGGUGGCACCUGGCUCACGCGGAUUCCAAGGGCCGGUUGCGUUGCGAGGAGAGAGCCGGGGAUGA